AUGCGUCGCUAUAGCGCAUCUUACCUUCACCUGGAACCGCGGCGCCAUGACAGCGUGAUGAAGUACAGUAUCAGCCUGCGCUACAGCACACGGCCGCUCAAGAAAAGGGGAGGGGGGUGGUUUGUGUUUGUGUGUGAGUGUGGGGGCGGGGGGGCAUAUAGGAACCAGUGGACCCUGAGAAACGUGGCCACGAGGUGCCGCGUGGAGCAGAGAGACGCGUGUGUCCACGGGGACUACAGUCCAUUGUUCACUCUGUGCGGGAUGCUGCAGCAGUGUCCCGCAUCCCGUCUCCAUGGAAACCGAGGAACGUGUCACGUCCCUCAGUGUGGAGCGGGAGGCUUCACUAUGAAGCUCAGAAUGAACUGA